GGCCCCAGCUCCCAAGGGGCUAAGAAGCUGGAGCAUUGGUGAAAGGGGAGAAACUGAGCCAGACUCUUGCAAGACCCCCUCCAGCCCCACCCCCAGGAAGCAUGAACAGGAAAGACAGCAAGAGGAAGUCCCACCAGGAAUGUCCAGGAAAGACAGGAGGGCGGGGCCGGCCCCGGCUGGCUCGCCGCCACAAGACGUGCCCCAGCCCCAGGGAAAUCAGCAAGAUCAUGGCUUCCAUGGCUCUGGACAUGCUGAAAGAGGGCGGCUGCAGCGAAGAUGAGCUGCUGGAGAAAUGCAUUCAGUCCUUUGACUCAGCUGGCAGCCUGCGCCGUGGGGACCACAUUCUCAACAUGGUACUGGCCAUGCACAGCUGGGUGCUGCCUUCUGACCACCUUGCUGCCCGUCUGCUGACCUUAUAUCCUCCCAGGUAUCAGGAGGCCACGGGGAACACGCAGGAGCUGAGGCGGCUGCAGAUCUGUCACCUGGUCAGGUACUGGCUGACCCAACACCCUGAGACAGUGCACCAGGAGCCCCAGUUAGAAGAAGUUAUAGGUCGUUUCUGGGCCACUGUGGAGCAGGAAGGCAACUCAGCCCAGAGGAACCUGGGAGAUUCCUCCAACCUUCUGAGCCCUGGUGGCCCCGGCCCCCCACCCCCCAUGAGCAGCCCAGGCCUGGGCAAAAAGUGCAAAGUGUCCUUGCUUUUCGACCACCUGGAGGCAAGGGAGCUGGCUCAGCACCUCACUUACCUGGAGUUCCGGUCCUUUCAGGCUAUCAAGCCCCAGGACCUGCGAGACUACGUUUUACAGGGCUCCGUGCGGGGCUGCUCGGCCCUGGAGGUAUCCGUAGGUCUCAGCAACAGCGUGUCCCGCUGGGUGCAGGUCAUGGUGCUGAGCCGGCCCGGGCCCACGCAGCGCGCACAGGUGCUGGACAAGUUCAUCCAUGUGGCACAGAGUCUCCGCCAGCUGCAGAAUUUCAACACACUGAUGGCGGUCACUGGGGGCCUGUGUCACAGUGCCAUCUCCAGGCUCAAGGACUCCCAUGCCCACCUGAGUCCUGACAGCACCAAGACCCUGCUGGAGCUGACUGAGCUGCUCGCUGCCCACAACAACUAUGCCUGUUAUCGCCGCGCCUGGGCUGGCUGCGCAGGCUUCCGGCUGCCGGUGCUGGGUGUGCACCUCAAGGACCUGGUGUCCCUGCAUGAGGCGCAGCCCGACAGGUUACCUGAUGGCCGCCUGCACCUUCCCAAGCUCAACAGCCUCUACCUACGGCUGCAGGAACUGGCAGCCCUUCAGAAGCAGCACCCGCCCUGCAGUGCCAAUGAGGACCUGCUGCAUCUGCUUACGCUUUCCCUGGAUCUUUUCUACACGGAGGACGAGAUCUAUGAGCUUUCUUACACCCGGGAGCCUCGCUGUCCCAAGAGUCUGCCACCCUCCCCCUUCAAAGCACCCCUGGUGGUGGAGUGGGCCCCUGGUGUGAUGCCCAAGCCCGACAGGGCCACCCUGGGUCUACAUGUGGAGCAGCUGGUAGAGUCCGUGUUCAAGAAUUAUGACCCUGAAGGCCGAGGAACCAUCUCUCUUGAGGACUUUGAGCGACUCUCAGGCAACUUCCCCUUUGCCUGCCAUGGGCUUCACCCAUCCCCCCGCCAAGAGAGUGGCUCCUUCAGCCGAGAGGAGCUGACGGAAUACCUUCUCCGGGCCAGCGCCAUCUGCUCCAAGCUAGGCCUGGCCUUCUUGCACACCUUCCAUGAGGUCACCUUCCGCAAGCCCACCUUCUGUGACAGCUGCAGUGGUUUCCUCUGGGGUGUCACCAAGCAAGGCUACCGCUGUCGGGACUGUGGGCUGUGUUGCCACAAGCACUGCAGAGACCGAGUAAAGGAGGAGUGUAGGCGGCCAGGGACCAAGAGCGACAGGAGCCCCUCAGGAGCCCCUGUCCCACCCACACCAACGCCCCAUGCCAGCUGUGGCUCUGAGGACAGUCUUUCCUACACAUACGCCCUGGAACCUGAGACGGAGUGCCACCUUCACCAUGCUUGGACCCAGACAGAGCACCCACAACCUUCCUGGGAACCAGACACGGUUCCCCUCCCAACGAUGGCCCCGCCACCCAUCCAGUCCUCCAAGCCCAAUUCCUAGACAUCGGGAAGUUACUUUCUUCUUCUGCAUCAGAGUAGCUAUUAAUGGUACUCCCUCU